AUGGCAUCUUCAUCCUCGGCUUCCGCUGUCUGGGACUCAGCAACGCAAACCUUCCACGGUGGUCAGGACUGGAAAUUCUUAUCAAACUUUGCUGAAGACUUUAGUGUGACUACCAAUGGUCUAGGUACACCACAAAAGGCGCUAGAAGCUGCUACUCAGGCCAUGCGAACGGUGCAUCAUUACCCGCCAGCGGACUUUCAGCCGGCCAUUAGCCACUUGGCCGAGUUUUUAUGGCCAGAAUGCUGGCAACAAAAUUUGCCCCUUUUGUUGAUGGGUAAUGGAGCUAGCGAACUCAUUGAUUUAGUAAUUCGUAGUGUGCAGCCCGGUGGUUGGCGACCUGGUGGCACAAUGACUCAGUACAAAGAAUAUGAGCGCUCUAGCCAGGCUGACGGACGCGAAACGCUUGAGUGGAAUGAUUCUUCAGCGGUUUUAACAUGCCUUGUCAAUCCAACCAACCCAACGGGCGAUUACAUGAACGUGAACGAAAUGAAAAAGUAUAUCGAGAAAAAUUGCCCUGACAAUCACACCAUCAUUAUUGACGAAAGCAUGCAGCCGUGGUUAGGACCUGAGUGGCGUCAGGAUUCGCUCAUCUACCAGCGUGAAUGGGUCAAGAAUCUAUGCGAGACGCGCCGCAUCAAUGUGUGGGUCAUGACGAGCUGGACUAAAAUCUGGUCCUGCACGGGCCUUCGUAUCGGCAGCGUCGUUGCUCCGACGCCGCAACACGCAGCGGAGAUUAAACGGAAACAGGUGCCGUGGUCCGUCAAUUCCAUGGCGUUAGCCUUUGUAUCCGCUGUAGUGAAAGACGACUCUUACCUCCAAAAAACAUGGGAAGUCACGCCAAAGUGGCGUGCUAAUGCUGUGGAUCAGCUGUCUAAGCGCUUUCCAACUUGGCAAUUCUUUGGUAAAGAGUUUUUGUCAUGGAUCUGGAUGGACACUCGAGCGGUUGCUACGUGCGAAGAAGCCUGUAAACUGGCCAAGGAGCACGGCGUGCCCGUACGCAGUGGCAAACCUGGUUACAACCUCCCGACAUAUAUCCGCAUCGCUGUUCGCAGCCCGGAGCAAACGGCUGUACUGCUAAAGGCCUGGGAGUCGCUUAAGUAA